AUGUUUCUUUAUAUUUUUGACGUUGGCUCGGACAUUUCCCUUGGAAUAACGUACUUGACAACCGAAAAUUACGUCUGGGGCGUUAUAACACUCCUAAUCGUGCUCUUUGCCGGUUCAAUUAUUGCUUGGACGUCUUACAACUCUCAAGACAUUUCUGAAAACGAAAGAAAAUCGAUCUCCGUGAAAAUUAUUCACGCCUUCCUGCUUGGUCCCCUUUACCACAUGUUCAAAGAAAUGGGCUCGACCGCGGAGCUAGGAUCUGAUCUUUUGAAAAUAAGAUUUAUUGAAGCUACGACAGAGGCAGCCCCACAGCUUUUUCUUCAAUUUCACGUGAUUUACACUUGUCGUCAAACAGAGAACAUCACCAACAUCACCGGUUCUUUUUGCCACACAAUACGAGAUCGAGAAGAGAUAAACGAGAUGAUUCUUCCGAUUCUAGCGCUUGUGACUUCUCUUCUUUCAUUCACCUGGACAAUAACAUCGCAGAAGAGGGUCGUUCAAUUUUCAAACAAGCUCAAUGGAUUUUAUGUUUUCUACAUUUUUAUAAUGUUUUUGCUUCAAAUCUUCACAAGAAUUUAUCUUCUCUUAUUUAUCCUCCACGAAUUGGAUGAAACUUGGGGAACGAUGGGCGUCAUUUUUGGCUUUGUGAUUCCCUUGAUUCUGCAUUAUCUAAUCCUUUUUUCCAUUGGAAGAAAAAACUCACAGAACGAAUGGCUGCAGUCCUUUUCAAAAUUAUUCUUUUUCGAUUUAGACGACAAAAAUCGCCUUCUCGGACUGGUUAACACCGUCAUCAUUAAUUUGGAACACAUUUCCUUCCUCAUAGCUAGCUUUCUGAUUUACAAAUAUCUUUACGAUGUGAAUCCUCGUUUUGACCCCCUUUCCCCAAUUCUGAUUUCAACGAGUUUGCUCUUGAAUCUGCUUUGGUACUUUGUUCUUUCGCGCAAGUUUCGAACUGUUUCUCAAAACCCGUCCAAAUGA